AUGGCAGCUGGCUUCAGAUUCUCUGCUGGUGACUUGAUCUCUGCCCUCCCCCUCGUAGCAACCGUCAUAGACGCCUUGCGAGAAAGUGGAGAAUCCUCGUCCGAAUACCGUGAUCUGGUCACCCGACUCCAUAGGUACACUCGAGAGCGCAUUGCUCCGCCGUUACAGCAAGCCGCUGCACAGUGUCAGACAACCAUCGAUAGUUUCUGGCAGCGAAUCAGGAAGUAUCAGCCUCAUUUACGUGAAGGCGGGAGCUGGAGUAGAGUUAGGGAUGGCUGGAUGAAGAUUAAGUGGGCAAUAUGUAAGAGGGAUGAUUCAGUGAAGUUCAAGAUGGAUUUGGUUGGACAUACGGAGAGUAUUGAGAUGUCGCGUACGACGCUGCGAUUUGCGGCGACAAGGAUUGAUUCCAAGAGGAGCGAGCAGCGGCAUAUGGCCUUAGCUAGGAAAGUGCAAGAUUCGUAUUUUGGAUGCAUGCAGAGAAUUGGGUUGGUAAUUGAAAAAGUUUCGAUCGGUAUUCAGCAAGGAAAGCAGCUUCUAGAUAUGACAGCAAAGUGAUAUGAGUAGGAACGAUAGUGAAGGCUGGAAGAAACAAAGUUCAUUAGCAGAUACUAAUUCUCCUGCUGGCCAAACGAACAUUCAAAUAUUCCAAAUAGUCCUUAAUCUCCAAAACGUUAUAACCCGAAUCCCAGGGCAACUUGAGCGGCAGCAACCAGUCUACGUAGUAGAUGCGAUAGGCCGACACAUGCCUUUCCUCUUAGAGUUCGUUUUAUCAGCUGAGGCCAGUUCUAUAGUUCUCUAUCCCGGCUCAACCUGCUCCCAAAUCUCCGGGCUUUGACAUCUUUCCUUCGAGCCAACUUCAAGAACGUUGGCUCUGGAGCUAAGAAAGCUAAAAAAGGACCGUUCGCAAUUCAGGACGCAGCAACGAAGAUGGUUAUCGACCUCAUCCCCCCCUGGGAAACCUUCUUCACACCCGGGCAACACACAGAAAUGAGUAUGGUGUUCAGUAUAGAGAGAGUGGGG